AUAGAUAUUUUGUUAAAGUAUCGAGCUUACUUGCCAAACAGUUUAGGAUCAUGAUGUACCACAAUGCAAGGAUUGAUAGACAGAAAAGGUUUGCGGUACCAUUCGUAUUUGAGAAGCGUAUGUAUGCUUAUUUUUUAUUUUUAAGCACUCUGAUCUUUACCAGACCAUACGUUAUAACAAGACUAUAUGCAUCUAUUAAUAAUUGGAGGCGGCCAAGGCUCAACAUAUCAAAUUGAGAAAUCCAGAUUGAUAAAAUUUAGAUCUAAUUCUGGCAUGAUGCACCACAGCGGAAGGAUUGAUAGGAAGAAAAGGUUUGCGGUACCAUUCGUAAUUGAGGAGUCUGAAAAGACAAUGAGUGGGUUUUUAGGCAAAAUAACCGAAAAUAUGGAGGAAGACGGCCAUUCCAUUGAUAUAUCUGCCUUAGAACAACUACAAGCAUUGCGAGAUGCCAAAGCGAGACAAGAUAACAAAAUUAGACUGAAUGUUGGAGGUAUUCGACAUGAGACUUACAAAUCCACAUUAGCCAACAUACCAGACACACGACUAGCAUGGCUUACCCAGCCCUCAGCGAUGAGCAAUUCUGAUUACGAUGCCAUAAAUAAAGAGUUUUAUUUUGAUCGCCAUCCCAGAAUAUUCGACGCGAUCCUGAAUUAUUAUAGAACUGGGAAUCUUCACGCUCCGAGCGAUGUCUGUGGACCUGCUUUUGAGCAAGAGUUAGAAUUUUGGGGAAUUGAUGAGAAACAAAUUGAGCCGUGUUGUUGGUCAAGCUACACCCAACAUCGCGAUGCACAAGAAACAUUGGCCAAAUUAACUGGACCAGAAUUCGAAAGUGACGAUGAUGCUGAAGACACUGACGUUGCGUCGUAUUUUAACAUCGCAGAGGACAGAGUACAAGCGCCGUCAAAAUGGAAAAGGCUGAGGCCGAAAGCUUGGACAUUCCUAGAGGAUCCCUACUCGUCGAAAGGAGCGGCAGUAAGUGUUGAUUAUUUUGUUAUUGGUGGUGGUGAGGGCGGGGGUGCGCUAAAUCCUCACUAUUCCCCCUUUAAUCAGCCCCUGAUGAUUGAUCGUGUGACAUACACGACUCUGACCAUGGGGGUAUACCGCCAUGCUCCGGUUAAAUGCACAAAUGUGGGCGAUUUUACAGAUCUCAAAUGUGCGCUUCUUAGUUGUGGUGACUCAACAGUCUUCUGUUUCAAAAUAGGCGGUAGACAUCGCGCGCAGUUUUGA